AUGGAUCCUCUGGUGGGACAGGCUGGGGAGGCCUGUGGAUUGUCCUCCAAGUUCUUGCAUCAAAUCUUUCCAAGUGAACUCACGCUUUGGAUUGAUCCUUUAGAGGUAUCUUAUAGGAUCGGAGAGAAUGGAAGUAUUUGUGUGUUGUACGAACACCAGGAGGGAGUUACAGAUCCAUGGAGGCCAACCCUUCAUCUUAACAAUAAGAACACAACCUCAAGUCAGAACAAGAAUGUUGUGAGGACAACGGGGAUCGAACUCAAGAGUCCAACGACGUGUAGUCAGGACUCCUACAGAAAUAUGUCGAUAGAACAGUUGGCGGCGUUCGUCUCCAGCUAG